AUGACCGUUGAUACCAAGCCUCCUUCCGUUACUCUGGCGCAAGGCCAAGUGGUGGGAACCCAGCUCAGAGAUUCUUUUCCCCAAACCGUAGACGCCUUCUUGGGAGUGCCGUAUGCUCUCCCACCUGUUGGAGAUCGCCGGUUCAGACCAGCACUCAAAGUUUCGCAUUCAUUAGAUAUCAUUGACGCGUCCAAGUAUGGCCACGCUGCUCCUGGGAAGGCACUUCUCUCUGGAGGGCCAAAAUUGGUGCAGAGCGAGGACUGCUUAACGGCAAAUAUCUUUCGACCAGCUGGGAACAAUAAUGCUGGGAAACUUCCCGUUGCGGUCUAUUUUCACGGCGGUGCUUUCAAUCGCGGAUCCGCGGCUAUGCACCACUCCGCAUCCAUGGUGGCAUGGUCAGAGAAGCCCUUCGUAGCCGUGAGCUUUGGUUAUCGUAUUGGAGCUCUUGGAUUCCUGCCCUCAACUUUGUCGCAGAAGGAAGGGUUGUUAAAUCUUGGAUUGCGUGAUCAGGUGCAUUUAUUGCAAUGGGUCAAAGAGAAUAUUGCCGAAUUCGGCGGCGAUCCUGACAAAGUGACUUUGUUUGGUCUCUCUGCUGGAGCUCAUUCGAUUGGCCACCACAUCCUCAACUACGACGAGCACAAAUCGCCAUUGUUCCACCGUGCCAUCAUCGAGUCAGGAGCACCUACCUCCCGCGCCGUUCGUCCAUAUAACGCCAAGGUUCACGAAGACCAAUUUGCAGACUUCCUUCAAGAAGUUGGGUGUCCAGCCGAUCUACCCGAAGCGGAAAUAUUCCCAUUCCUGCGUUCCCUCCCCAGUCUGACAGUCACAAAUGCCCAAACAGCUGUCUUUGACAAAUACAACCCGUCACUUAGAUGGGCCUUCCAGCCAGUGAUUGAUGGAGACAUUAUCUCUCGCAAGCCUCUGGAGGCAUGGGAAUCAAAGCUCUGGAACAAAGUGCCCAUCAUGACCGGAUUCAAUGGCAACGAGGGAACAAUGUAUGUCGACAAGCAGAUGUCCCACGCCUCCCAGUUCCGCGAGUUCUGGCAAAAUCUUCUUCCUGAGCUCUCUUCAUCAGAUCUCGACACAAUCGAGAACCUGUACCCCGACCCUGCUGUUUAUUUCUCAUCGCCAUAUGUCGAAACUAGAGAGGGCGAAGCUCUAGGACUGCAAUAUAAACGCAUCGAAGCCGCCUACGGACACUAUGCCUACGUAGCCCCGGUUCGACAAACAGCACAAUUUGCGUCCUCUCAGGGAGCUCCAGUUUAUCUGUACAACUGGGCGCUACCUAGAACAGUCGUCGGUCGGGCAAACCAUGGUGACAAUAUGUACUAUGAGACAUACAACAGCGAUAUCACAGGGAUUUCAGAAUCCCAAAAGGAGCUGUCUGGCACUCUUCAUGCCUACCUGACUAGCUUCAUUACAACCGGCGAUCCCAAUGCUGUAUCUGGUCGAUACGGGCAAAGGCCAAAGUGGGAAUCCUUCCAGCCCUUGGAUCCAAAGAUUAUGAUAUUUGGGGAAGGAAAUAAUGAAUUGAUUGGUGGUGAUAUUGCUCCUCCUGCGAAAUGUGUUGCCGACAAUUGGGCAAGAAAAGAGACCCAAUUUUGGUGGUCCAAGGUUCCAAUCUCUCAGCUUGCUUGA